AUUAGCAGUCAAUGGAUAUAAUAAAAGUUAUGUUUGAAUCAAAUAUUUUAUAAUAUAAUACACAAAGCAAUCAAUCGGUGAUCAUAACUACCUAUUGAAGCGGUUAUUGUUGAAGUUGUUGUGAACCAAAUAACCACAACAACCACAAUACAGUUGACAGAUACCGGACGGCACCAGUAUGUCGGCUACUGCUCCGCCACUUAAUCAUGCGAUUAAUAUCUGUAAUACCGUUUUGACGGAUCUAUCGACACAAUCACAAGAAGCACAAUCACUACAGCAUACGUCCGAUUCGGAACAGAGUGCCAGUACUGUUAGCCAAGAGAAUGACAAUCGAAAAUCUGGUACCUCUUUGCCGAUCAUUACCCGACCGAAUGGUAUUCCUAUUAAUGGAGUUAAAGAAAAACAUGAUUAUUAUGAAGAAUCGGACAAAUCAGUGCAUUCCUCACAAAAGACGUCCACUAAAACAGCAAAUGAAUGGGAGAUAUUGGAAGGUCUGAAAGAUGGACAAAGAUGUGAGGAAAGGCCAAACAAAUUUGACGGAUAUUUACUUAAACGACGCAAAUGGCCGCUCAAGGGUUGGCAUAAAAGGCAUUUCCAUUUAGAGAAUGGAAUCCUUUCGUACUCUAAAAGUCCAAAUGAUAUGAUGAAAGGGAAGAUUCACGGCUCAGUCGAUGUCGGACUUUCGGUCAUUUCGACCAAACGUAGCUCAAAGCGCAUUGACAUCGAUGCCGAAGAAUUUAUAUAUCAUUUAAAAGUAAAGAACAGAAUGUUAUUUAUGAAAUGGGUUCAAAUGUUAAGACAUCAUCGACUCUUCAGACAACACGAGAUAGCAUUUGGCAAUCGAAUUAAUGCCAUAUCGUCGCCGAUUCGGUCAAUAAUAAGUAGUACGACGACAACUCCCGAACACGAGAUGAACUCUAAAGUGAUCGCUUGGAUUUUGGACUCAAGUCAUGAAAAGGAUACCAAUGCUACCAAAGAGUUAAAUGAUUUGCAACUAAAGCUCGUGAAGUUGAGUUCAUUGCUAAAAGUUAUUGAAAUGGAAAUGGAGUCCAAAACAAAUAACAUUCCGUCGGAAACAGUUGGCCUUAAGAAAAGGCGUCGUUUUCUUCUUCGCCGUAAAAAACAAAACAAUACGACGAACACUGUAAAUGAUAAGUCACAUAAAAAAGCGGACAAAAAUGAAAUAAACGCUCAAAAUAGUGAUACAUUGAAUAUUAUGCCAUCCAAUAAUCUUAAGCCAUUGCCAAUUGGCCACCACUUGAGCUCAUCUCAUCCAGUACUUAAUGAGACAUCGCUGGCUCCAAAUGGUUCGCCAUCAGAUUGGAUGACACAAUCUUGUAAUGAGGCGGACAUUGAUUUCAAGGAUACUAUAAGUAUUGAUUCACUAAAAUCGACAAAAGCUAUCACUGAAUUUGUUAUUGUAGCCAACGAUGUUAACAACAAUUUUCGUUCACUUUAUCGGUCACUUCAACGCAAUGAUAGUUUUAAAAGGAAAAAAUCAUUUACAGGUAAAAGUCGUAACACUGAUAACGAUUUAGUCUAUUCAUUGAGACAAUCGCUGUCGGAAGCGCUCCAACAAAACAAAGAACUAAAAUCAUUAUUGGAACGGAUUCACGAACAGUCAGAUGUAUUACAUUUAUCAUCGCCCAUACCUACCGAAGCAGUGAAAAUAGUCCGUGCAAUGAGUGUUAACGAUGUCGAUGAUGAACAAACAGUGAUUCACGAACCGUUAGCUCAUUCAGCCUCCAGAGAUAGUACUUCAGUAUUAAGUAUUUCUGAAUAUUUCGACGCCGAAGAGAAUCUGUCGGCUUGUACUACAUCUACAGAGGAUGAGGAUGAAGAAAGUCUAGCCACUGAUCUCAGUGAUGACGGCACUGAAUAUAGAAAUUUAUCCAAAGCAUCCACUGAUAAUAUUAACACUAUUGGCAACACUACAGGCAGGCGUUCAAAACUACCAGCACCUCAACCUGACACUGGUGAUGUAAGCCUUUGGAGUUUAUUGUGUAAAAAUAUCGGAAAAGAUUUAUCUAAGAUUUCAAUGCCGGUCACAAUCAAUGAACCGUUAAAUGUAUUGCAACGACUCUGCGAAGAACUUGAAUACAGUGAACUUCUGGACAAAGCUGCUGCCAUUGAGGACAGUCAUCAACGAAUGCUACAAAUCGCCGCAUUUGCCGUUUCUUCCUAUAGUUCUGCCUAUUAUAGAGCCGGUCACAAACCAUUUAAUCCGUUAUUAGGCGAAACUUAUGAGUCUAUUCGUGAAGAUAAGGGAUUUAAAUUUAUAUCAGAACAGGUGAGCCAUCACCCACCUGUAUCUGCGUGUCGGGCCGAUUCAGAUAACUAUAUAUUUUGGCAAGAUAUGAGAAUCAAAAGCAAGUUUUGGGGCAAAUCUAUGGAAAUAAUUCCGUUCGGAACGGUUCACGUCCUAUUGAAACCAUCCAACGCUCACUACAGAUGGAAUAAAGUGACGACUUGUGUCCACAAUCUAUUCAAAGGUCAGCGAUGGGUCGAUAAUUAUGGAGAGUUAACCAUAACUGAUGGAGAGCUGACAUGUCGCCUGACUUUUGAAAAGGCUAGCUAUUGGUCUAAUAAGAAACAUGAGAUCAAUGGUGUAUUGCUUAAUGCAAACGGAGAUAUCAUUGAUCGGUUAUUUGGUAAAUGGAAUGAGUCAUUGCAUUGCGGUACAGCUUCCGGUGCCAAAUGUAUUUGGAGACCCGGAGCUAUGCCUGAGGACUACGAACUUUAUUAUGGAUUCAGUAGAUUUGCUAUAGAGCUCAACGAAUUAACACCAGAAUUGAGAAAAUUAUUGCCACCGACUGACACACGCUAUAGACCUGACCAGAGACUACUAGAAGAGGGAAACAUACAAAAUGCCGAAACAAUUAAAUUACAAUUAGAACAACAACAACGCGAACGAAGACGAAUGCGUGAAAAUAAUGGACAGUUAGAUAAACCGCCGAAUUGGUUCAGAAAAGAGAUAAUGAGUUCUGGAGACGACAUAUAUCACUACAACGACAAGUAUUGGGAGUACAGGGAUAAGGGAUUUGAAGGCAUUGACUUUGAAAAAUUAUGGUAGAAAUUAGAAAUAAUGUUUAAGCGUCUCAAAGUCACAAUGAGAUUAAUAAAUAAUACAUUUAACUUUCUAGUCGACGAGUGGAUAGGCCUUAAAAUGUUAUUAAAAUUAUUGUUAGAUUUUAAUGAUUUUAUAUUAUAAUGUUUAGUGAAAUUAAAAUCUAUUCGCGCGUUGAUUACAAUAACCCUUAACUAAUAUAAUUUAAUGAAUGAUUUUUUUGUUGUUAGAAAAUCAUUGAAUUGGUGCUGAAAUGUGUUUAAUUUAUUUGAUGAUUAAACAGUGCUAUGCAAACACAAUUAAAUGACAUUUACAUUAUAUAAAAACUGUUUAAUCUCUCAUUCAUGUUACAUAUACACUGUAUAUUAUACAGUAAAUAUAAAUUUAUAU